AUGCAUAAGGAAGGAAGAGCCGGUGGGGAGCUCAGGAACCAAGGGAAAUAUAGAUGUAGGGGUGAUGCAGACUUAGUGGUUUGGGGCAAAAUGAAAGGGAACCGGCGAGGUAAGGAAAAGAAGAAGAGGGAGGAGGGUGGAGUGAAGAAGCACAAAAGGAAUAAAGGUGGAGAAGUCAUGAGAAAAGUCAUAGCGGAGAAGAGACAUAAAGGUCAAAAGAAAGGAGGAGAAAGAGAAGCGCAAUAA